AUAUACAUAUAUAUAUAUAUAUAUAUAUACACUUUCAAAACAGUAACCAAAACCCAGUUCAAUUCUUAAUGGAUUCUUCAAUCCUUUUCUUGUUUCUAUACCCAUGAAGUGAUCUCCAAGCUUCAAGAUUCAGUUCAAGAUUCAAGAUUAUAUUUUCAAGAUUCAUUUCAUUUUCUUGAUGAUAACAUGAACCUUGUGCUUAAUAGCUUCAUCUAUUUAUGGAAGGCUCUCAAGACAGGUCACUUUGUGUUCUUCUAUCCUGUGAUGAUUGAUACUGCCAUAAAUUAGACAGGUUUGCUUGAAGAAAUAGAAGAUGAAGUUAGUUUAAUAAAUUGGGUUAAUGAAAAUUCAGAAAAAUCUCCAAUGGGAAGGAGAACUUGCUGGUUUGGUUUGUUAAAGAAGCUAUUUGUUUCAGAGCAAAAACCAAAAACAGAGAAGUCUAAAAAUCUGCAAAAAUCAAAGAGGUGGAGAUGGAUUCUUGGAAGGCUAAAGUUUAAGCAACGCCCUGCUCUGCUUCCUCCAUCACCGCAGAGGAGUAUAGAUGAAGCAACAGAAAAGCAGAGAAAGUUUGCACUGACUGUAGCUCUUGCGACGGCGGCUGCUGCUGAGGCUGCCAUCGCAGCUGCUCAUGCAGCCGCUGAGGUUGUCCGGCUUACCGGUUCUUCUCAAUCCUCUCAUUGUCAUCAUUUCAGCAAGAAAGAUGAACACUUGGCUGCUAUUAAGAUACAGAGUGCUUUCCGUGCCUAUCUUGCAAGGAAAGCUUUGCGAGCAUUGAAGGGAUUAGUAAGACUUCAAGCUAUCGUCCGUGGCCGAGCUGCUAGACGCGAACUAACCAUGAAAUUGAAGCGUUUGCCAUCUAAUGCAAAAGCACGAAUCCAGGUCAGAGCUAAAAAUAAUACUGAUCAUUACAUAGAUGGCGAAAAUAAGCAAAUUUUCAAAUCCAAGGCAUUGGGAGAUGCAGAUACUAAGGGGAAGAACCAUGAGAAGGAUCUGCAAUCAGUUCAGAUGAAUCUGCAAAGGCAAAGGCAAGGUCGAUGAGCACGCCGAGGCAACGAAUAGAUGAUGGUUUUAACUUAUCAUACAAGAAUGGAGUAUGUUUUUGGUCUUCUUAUAAUGAUCAAAUGUUUGAUAAUUGCAGAAAGAGUGGAUAUGCAUAGAGUGAACUUAUUACAUGUAGAGGAGUUUUUAUAUCUUGUAUUGAUCGAUACAUGAAACUGUUUGAUUCACUCUGAAAUUGAAAUAGACUGAAAUGAUUCUUUA